CGCUCAGCGUGUCAGCAUCAGAGGCAGCACAUCAAACAUCAGAAUGAGUGUUUUUGACCGUCUGGCGCCUUUGAUCCCACAAGUAUCUGCCUCCUGCAGACAAACAAAGGAGCAUCCAAAAGUCUGUGUGUCACCUCCUGUCUCCCUCUCUUCUCCUGUCAUCAAGAAGAAAGCCAUUCAAAUCCCAUCAUUUGAUGAGAAGGGACUCAUCUUUGAAAAACACAACACAAAACUGUCAGCAGCUGAAAGAUCAUUUGAUUCAGUUUGCUCCUUGAAGACAACCAGUCAGGCCUCGUGGAGUAAAUCAUGUCCACAGAGAAACCACAGAGAAAGAGCUUCAACCCUUCCGAGGACCAAGCCCAAAACAUACAGCCCUCCGUCUCUCUCUGGGAAGCCCAGCAUCUCCAUUUUUCCUGCUACAAAGCCAAAUUCCUCUCCUACUCUCCCCACUCUUAAACCAAGGCAAAGUGAUUUUCUUCAUCUCCCCGCCUCACAGCUGAGUGAUCCUCCUCCAUCCCUGCAGCAGCCAAAGCCAAGUGUAUCUCCCACUCUGACAGUCCCAACACCCAGGCUGAGCCCAUCUCCCAUGUCGACAUGCCAGGGGAUGAGUUCAGAUGGUCAGGGAGGAAAACAACCUUUUCCUGUCGCUAAAGAAAGACGUGCCAGAUCAAUUCCCAUCUCAAAUCCUAAAGCCAAGCCUUUCAAUGAGGUAAAGCAUGACAUUCUUGACCAAGACACUUUACUGGACUUCACUCAUCCGGAAGCGAGAAAAGUUUGUCCUGCAACAAGCAGAGAGUCUCCACAUCAGACUUACUCUGAAUCCUACAGACUACCAGCCACAUCUCAGAAUCCCUGCUUCCUGCAAAGCAGAUUUGGAAUAAAUAAAGGAGAAAAUAUUGUAAAAGAUCAACCAAAAACUCCUCCAAGAAAUAUAGGCAUUACUGCAAUCCCUAAACCAAAGUCAAACAUCAAACAACAGCAGGAAUCUGAACCAAGUGAAGUGACAGACACACAGACAUCUGUUUCAGAAAGGAUAAAGUCUGUUGACACUGUUCACAGAGAGUCAGAUGGACCGGCCUCUCAGUCAAGCUUUCAAAGAAAAUGUGCAGACUACAAUCAGAGGAGCAACAACACUCAAAGCCCAAAUUUCACCUCCAGUCACCAAUCACACGAACAGAUGUGUUCUGAGAAAGGAGCAGCUUCACCAGUGACUUCAAAAAGGCCAUUUUUCACAGAUUCUCUUUUGAGUCCGUCUGCUGUCUCACCCAACAUCGAGGGCAGGAGAAGACGGUUUGAUUUGCACAAUGAAACACAAGCGAAUACAACAUUUCUAUCAGGUCCUCAUCCCAGGAGACCACAGGAAGAAAACAAAGUACAGACAAUUGCAGGAAGCUUGUCUAAAGCCAGUCAACAAACCGGUGCACAUCAAAAUAUCAAGUCCCUUCAGAAAUACAGAUUCUCAUUGAAGACCCAAAGUCAAACUACCCAGAUGGAUGUGAAGAGUGCAGUAAGGCAGUUUGACUGUGUAUCAAAGGAUUACAGCUGCCAGUCAAGAGACAUCGAUCAGAAAGCAGAAGCUUCCCGGUGUGCACACAGAUUAAAUCGACUUAAGACAUGUCUGGUGGCACCUCAGACCCAGGGGGCCUCUGGUCCUGCCUCAAUUGAGCGCAUCGCUUCACAUACUGGAAACUUCUCAAAGCCUGGCCUUCGAUCACAGGAACAUCCCCUCAGUCAAGACCGGUCUCCUGGACCACAUAAAAAAAGCCAUAAAGAGGUGAAAGCUAGCGACACAGGGCUGAAUCAGACAGAUAUUUUAGCACCACCUGACCACCACGCGAUGCCAACAAAGCUACUAGAAUAUCCCUCUGAGAAAUAUGUUGCAAGCUGGACCCCAUCUGUGGCGCUCUGCCCAUUCAACACAAACAGGUUUGGCAUCAGUUCAACGGGGGCCUUUGACCUGCUAUCCCAGCCACAGCACAGAGUAUACCAGAAAGCAGAGGAGACAACAACAACAACAACAGCUCCCCUUCCAACAAACCAGCUGAAUCACUCUGUAGUAGACAGCGCAUUUGUCACUGAGGAAUCAGAAGACCCCUAUUACGUCACCAUGUACUACCCUGGCUCGGUGUAUGUGGACAUGUCAGAUGUAGUUCCUCCAGAGGUUAGACCCAAACCAGCUGUCCCUGCCAAGCCCCCUAAUGUGGGGGCUCCUUCCCCCUCUAGCCCCUUCCCGCCUCAGGGCCCGGGUGUCGGAGGAGGCGGUGUCUCUGCUCCACCUCCAAGCGGCAUUCCAGUUCCCAUCGGAAGUCACGGUCCAAGCCACAUUGGCGGUCACGGAGUGGGUCAUGGCGUGGGCCAUGGUGCUGGUCAUGCUGGGAGUCACCCUGCAGCACACAGUGGAGGUCACAGUCACGGCGGCUCCCACAGCACCAGCGGAGGAUCCACUCUGCUGGGGUACAUUGGUAUUGACACCAUAAUUGAGCAGAUGAGGAAGAAGACCAUGAAGACUGGGUUUGACUUCAAUAUCAUGGUUGUGGGUCACAGUGGUCUUGGAAAGUCAACUCUGAUCAACACCUUAUUCAAGUCCCAGGUGAGCAGGAGGAGUGCAGGAUGGGCUCGUGAUGAGAAGAUCCCCAAAACUGUGGAGAUCAAGGCAGUGUCUCACGUGAUUGAGGAGGGCGGUGUGAAGAUGAAGCUGACAGUUGUCGACACUCCAGGCUUUGGAGACCAAAUCAAUAAUGACAACUGCUGGGAACCCAUUUCCAAAUACAUCAAUGAGCAGUAUGAGAAGUUCCUAAAGGAAGAGGUCAACAUCACCAGAAAGAAGCGCAUCCCCGACACCAGGAUGCACUGCUGUAUCUAUUUCAUCUCCCCAACUGGACACUCCCUUCGACAGCUAGACCUUGAGUUCAUGAAGCGUUUGAGUCACUCAGUCAACAUUAUUCCAGUCAUUGCCAAAGCAGAUACGAUGACCAUUGAGGAGAGACAGGAGUUUAAACAGCGGGUAAGGAAGGAGCUGGAAAUGAGCGGGAUUGAGUUUUAUCCACAGAAAGAGUUUGAUGAGGACAUGGAGGACAAGAGCGACAAUGACAAGAUCAGAGAGGCGAUGCCCUUUGCUGUGGUGGGUAGUGACAAAGAAUAUCAAGUGAAUGGCAAACGAGUUCUGGGGAGGAAGACGGCGUGGGGAAUCGUAGAAGUUGAAAAUCCAAACCAUUGUGAGUUCGCUCAGCUGAGAGAUUUCCUCAUCAGGUCUCACCUCCAAGAUUUGAAGGAAGUCACCCACAACAUUCACUAUGAAACCUACCGUGCCAAGAGACUGAACGAGAAUGGAGGUCUGCACCCCAUAUCUUCCAAUGACACCCAAGAAAGCAACCUGUAGUCGUUCAGUUGGAGAAAUGCUUAAAGUGAGAAUGAAAACACUGCGAGGAAGCUCAUAGGUGAAUCUACAAAAUAUUAUCAACAUUGUCACCACAGCAUUUCUGCAUGUGUGGAUAAAAAAUUGAAUCUGUAAAAAUUGGUGUCAUUUCAUCUCCAAACCCCACCCAUGCAUUUUUCACUUUCUUCCCCACCUUUACCCUUCCAAGCAUAUCAAACCCCUCUUCUUUCAUUUCAGUAAUUCUUUUGACUAUUGCAGGCAGGAACAGCCAGACACUUAGUGCCAUUAUAAAAUUAACAUUUUAUCCACUGCCAACGCUUUGUCAUCUCUCAUCAUUCAAAUAGUGCGAGUUUAGAAAGUGCCAUAUUAUUAAGUGUGUGAGAAGCUAAUUUUUAAGUUUUGUUAAUGUGUAGCAACUGAUGUCUGGAUUUAGACAAACAAGAUGAUUUGUUCCAACUAUUAAAAUGAUAAUUCUUGUGUAGUAGUGAUGCAUGAGCCAGCGCUGCAGCUGACUGUUAAAAUUGCUGUUUUAAGAUUCAACAGCAAGUGUUGGUUUGAAGAAAGAAUCUCAGUGACUAUGCUGUCAGGGGGACUUAACAAACAUUACAAGCUGUGCUGACUUCUUUAAUAACCAACUCCACCAAGGAAACAAAUGAAAUUUCUUUAAUAUUCCCUCACUCUGUUUGAGUUUGGUUUUCCAUUUUUAAGUAGUUUCGGCGCACAGACCUGCAUACUAAGAUGAAGACAUCUGCAACAUGAGUCACAUGUGAAAUGCAGUUCAUGUAGGCACAAGUGUCUGUGUUUAAUUAAAGAGUCCACAGGGUGAACGACUGUGCAUACUGCAGAUACAGUGAUUCCAUACUUCUCCAUAAUAGUGCAAACACAAACUGAACUGUUUACAUACAGCUCUGCACGGUUUGUUUCACCACAGUGGAUACUGAGAAGAGGAGGAUUCAGUCCACUUUACUGCAUUUGUACUGGUGCUCACUUGCACUGGCUGACUGUGUAUCUUGCAUAUUUUCAUUUAGACUCAGAUGGAUCUUGUGACGUAUUUUCUCUUAAAUAGAUGACAAGCUCGAGAUUAACUACAGCAUUUGAUUUAACCUGUAUUACUACAACAAUAAUGUAAUUUCAAAUACAAUCUUCCUCUACUGGAAAAAUGCAUACACGGUCUAAACCAGGCUGUACAAACUACUAUUCUCUGCACAUUUGUUUUUUUAAAAUUGCAUAUUUCCUCAUCUCACCCAUCUUAGUUGGCCAUUCAUGAAAAGAAUAGUAUUUGACCCCUCAAAAUUCUGAUCACUUGUGUGAUCAGUGUAUAUUCUCUGAAUAGCAAAUGAAGGAGGAAAGAAAACGGAAAAUAUUUUUGAUAACUUGUGCCAUGCAAAGUAUAUGUGACCAGAGCAAAACUCUAAAGCAUUCGUGUUGCCAUUUUGAAACUGAUUUGCUCCUGUGCACCACUUGGUGGCAGCACUCUGCCAUGUUAAAGCAGUGACUUUACAGAGUCGGAAAUAGGCACUUGGACCAUCUUUUCAUCCAACUCAGAUGUUCCAACUGCUGAUUUUUUUUGUUAGAAUUUUCUCCAAUGUGUCAAAUCCAGUGUCAUUUGAUGACGUUUACAGAGUUUGGGUUCACCAACAUAUUUCUCCAUAUCAGGUUUACAAGACACUUGAACAAUAUUACCCCAGUUGUAUGCACUCUGUUUGUGGGUGUAAUUAUUUGAGAUCAGUUUAUUUAUUGAGCUGUAAACAUGUUUACCAAGUUCUCUUCAGGAAUUCAACAUAUAUACUGUUCUGCCAUGCACUGUCUGCAGUAGAGCACAAAUCAGCCAAAACGAACUAAUUUAAUCUCUCAAUAUUGAUCAAUCUUCUUUCAUUAUAACCUCAGUCUCCAUUCUAAACAGUCAUAUGUUUGUAUGAUUUUGAUAUGAAGUGUGAUGUCUGCUACAAAAUGAUAAUAGUUGUCUGUGAUUUUAGUGCAGUCAAAUGUUUUCAAGCAGAAAUUUAAACCAGUGUUACAGAACAUUCUGUUUCUAUGGUGUUUAUGUGUGCAUGCUUGUAUCCAUAUUGCCUGUUUGCAUACAGCCAGUCAGUUCACUCAACACUGCAACUUCACGUCAACUAACAAGUAAUAUUUCUGAAUGUGUGAUGUGUACAUUAAAUUGAUAUAUCCGAAGGUAAAGCGCUGCUGUCUUAACUCCUUAAACUAAACUUAACUUCCCACCAUCCACAUAUCACUCAGCCCUUUCAAUUACUUGACCUUCACAAUGUCAUUUAUUUAAUUAUCACUUUUUGUAAAGUUGCUGUGACACAUCAAGGUAUAAUAUCCAGUGUUAUAUGGAGUUAUUUAUACAUUAAUGUCUUAUUGUAAUUUAUUCUUUAUUUAAUAAAUACACAUCCAUGUUUUUAGAAA